CUGAUGCGAUCAUGAAAUGUAUUGAGGAGGUUCUUGAACAUUGGGAUAUAAAAAACAAAGUUUUCUCAAUUAUAUCUGAUAGCAGGGCAAACAUGAAGUCUGCAUGUAAUAAACUUGGUGUAAAAUGGAUUCUGUGUUCUGCUCAUAUACUGAAUUUGAUUGUACAAAAAGGGCUCUUGUCUGCUAAGCAUCUAAUUACUCAGAUAAACUAUCUAAUUACAUUUUUUACUGCACCUAAACAAAGUAAAUGUCUCGAAGUGGUACAAGCAUCGAUUCAAAAGCAACAAAAAUCAGACCAAGAAAAGAAUAAAGAGAAUAUCUUUUUGCGAGCUCAAAGCGAUAUUGUAACCAGAUGGAACUCCACCUACAAUACAUGGGUUCGUAUGCUUGAGCUCAAACCCUAUAUUGAAAUACUCGCAAGUUCUCUUACUGUUCAGUCAGAGAGGGAUGCAAUCAAAGAUGGAAAACAGCUAAAAUCAAUUAUGAUUAUAGAGAAUGAGUGGACUGUGGUCGCUAGUAUUAUUAAGGUUUUAAAACCAUUUAACAACAUAACAAACUAUAUUUCAGAUAGUUCAUACUUAACAAUGAGCAUUAUUUACCCGACUAUAAGUACUCUUCGUAAUGCUUUAUCAAAAGAAUAUAUAAAUGAAGAUCUUAGUAUUUAUAAUAUGGAUGAAGUAGAUCUUGAUACAACAGAUAAUAUUAGUGUGUUUGACCUUGAGGAGGUAUCAAAUAAAGAUGAAGAAUUAGAACAAAUAAAAUUACCAGCUGCAACUGUCUAUUUGAUUGAAUGUAUUAAAAACAUAAUGUUCGAAUUAUUUAAAAGGUAUUAUAAG